CGUGGAUGCAAAAUCAUGUAGAAUAUGUUCUUUGCAAAUGGUAUUUGUUUUAUUUUUCUAGAUAUUUUGAAAUUGAUCUAAAUGUAUUUAUCCAGUGUUCAUAUUGGCUUACCUCUGCCGUGUUUUCAAUGUUAUCUUGUGAGCGGGACGUAUCAAUAUUAUCACUAUGCUUGUGAUGGUCACAAUGAUGUGGUUGGUUGCAGUAGAAAUUAUUUUUUAUUUAAAAGGAUGAAAAAUAGAUUUUGUCCUACUUAGCAGACUUGUUCCACAAUAGUUUUGACCCUUCCUCCCCCCUGUCAAGGAACAUGUCUGCCAAGUGUGAUGUAAUCUAUUUGUUAUCAGUCUUAUGUAGAGUGCAUUUGGUGACUGAAUGCUGUGUUGAUUGUUAGUGGAUGACAAAGUCUAGUUCACCCUUUAACCCAUUGAGAGGCAGCUCUCUCCCUUUAAGAGACCGGUCAUUAUUUAUGGAAGGGGGGAGGGGAAUUUUUUCUUUUCUAAAUUUUUAAAAUUGAAAGCCCCCCCCCUAAAAGAGCAGAAAUUUAAUGAUGACCCCCCCCCCUCCCCUCAUUUUCACUUUUACUUGUCAAAUGGGGAUACCCAGGCGUUUAUAUAGUGUUAAUUAUUAAAUAAGAAUAUGGAACUGGCAAGAUAUUAACGUCGACCAAAAAUAUAUUAGCAGAAAAUUAUAAUUAAAAGAGGAGUAUUUUUAUAUAUAACACUAAAAUCAGGUUUCCAUUUGGUCUGGGUGAUCGUAACCAUGUUUAAGGCUGCAACUAGACUUGAUGGUAUGAAGUAUUGCCAUAGCAGCUGCGUGGCAACAAUGAGAGCAACAAUGAGAGCAACAAUCAGUAAUAUUAGCAGCAAAAGGAGAUAGCAAUGACAAUUCUGCAAAGGCAUACCUGCGAAAUACAAUGUAUAGUGGUCUAUACAUCCUAUUUUAUGUGAGAUUUAAAAUUAUAUAAAAUAAAAUGACAUACUAGCUACCAGAUAAAAUCUUUUAGAAUGAACAUGGGUGGGUGGGUCGGGAAAAGGAAUCGAAGCGCAAAACUUGCUGCAGCUAGGCAAAGCAUACAAUGGCAGAAUGAAUACCCAGACCGAAGCGCUGAUCACAAGGCAUGAAACAACUCCCUUUGAUCGAUAUGACGUCACAGACUCCCCUCAGCAGAUGUGGCCUGCAUAAUACAUCCGCCGUUAACCUUGCUUAAUUUAAAUGUAUUUAACCACAUCAAGGGCUGAUGUAAUAAUACAUUGUCAAUUUAACUAGUCUGCAAACCGUAAAUCUGAUUUGCAUACAGCACACAGAAGACAAGAUGAAUCCAGACUAUUUCACAUCAGUGACCAUGAUUUAGUUGCAACAUUUACAACCAAAUGGAUACCAGGUUAUUAAGCAAAUUCCUUCAAAUUUAAUUGCACCCCCCCCCCGUCAUUUUCUCGAAAAAAUUCAAUAGCCCCCCCUUGUCAUUUAUUUCUACAUAUGGCCCCCCCUUAUUUUUUCCCUCCCCCCCCCCUUCCAUAAAUAAUGACCGGUCCCUAACGAGUAAAAUUCUUUGACAUUUAGACACUGAAUAGUAAGUAGGGUGCAUUGCCACUUAAAGGGUUAAGACAUUCCUCUGAGGAGUAACAUCUGGUAUUAAAUAAAGAACACAUUGCAGCUUAAAGCCCUGUUCGAACGAUUUGGAUGACAUUGGACCAACAUGCUGGCAUUGUUUCAAAAAGCCUUAAUACCACUACUACCAUAACUGCCCUGGCUGCCUUAUGUUGUAGCCAGCUGAAAUUAUCUGGUGUAAGACAAUUUUGCAAGACUGACUUUUCAAGUGAAAACUUGUAGCUGUACAAUAUUAGAUUAAAACACCAAGUAACGUUCCUCCUAGACUCUAGCUUAUCUUGAAAUGUAUUGUAGGGUUGGGGAUGUGCAUAUCGCACCCUGCAAACCUUGUGUUCUUGGAUAAACAAUAAUUGCAACAUUGAAACUCAAUCACCAAAUGUGCCGAGCUUAUCCAAGAUUCAGGAAACAUUAGUUACAAUUGGUGACAAACCUUCAACAUUUAUGAAGUCAAGAGAAUGGAUUGGAUCCUUUGAAAUAUGCUUGUUUCUAGACCAUUGCUAUAAUGUAAGAAAUGUGCAUAUAUCUUUCUCGUUUUCCUGCACUUUUUUAAAGUUCUAUAUGUAACAAACAGAUGUACAGGCAUCUUUACCUGAGGCUGAGGUUACGUUUACAUUAUACUGGAUAGCUUUUCAUAGCGGUGCUGUAUAGUGUAAAGUUGCACCUAUCCAAUACAGAAAGUACAUCUUUCAGAAGCUGAACGAAACACCAUCUCUAUGUUGCAAUAAUUCCUCUGAAAAUAGCGUUCCUAAAAGGUACGGAUACUGUGGGGCUUUUUCACAUCACUAUGGAAAGUUAUCUGGUAUAAGUGUAUAAACAUUGCCUGAAGCAUCUUCACCUGAAGAAGAUUGCAUUGAGUGAGAAAUUUAGAGUUAUGUAUGUGAGCAUCAAUACAUGAUAACAUAAGUUAUUAUUAUUAUUAUGAUAUUUCAGAUUUCAAGUAAGAUAAUUCAUGUAAGAAGUGGAAGCGAAGUAGGAUUAAAAUUUGAUGAAUUUGUUGAACAUUUUCAGAAGUUUGGUUCUCCGGUAAUGAUUGGUAAGAACAUUCAUUUCUAUAUUAAUUACACUAGAUUUACCAUCUCAUUCCUGACUUUCCUUUCAUUUCUUCCUUCUUUUCUUUCCCUUUUCUUCAUCUUUUCCCCUCCUUCCAUUCCUUAAUUCUUUCCUUCUUCCAUUUGCUCUCUUUCCUUUCCCCAUCCUAUUGUUUCUCCCCAUUCAUUAUUCACUUCAUCAUUUCCUUUCUUUUUUCUUUCUGUCCUGCCCUUGUUCAUAUCCUUUCAUCCAUUCUUCUGUUCCAUCUUCCCAUUCAUUCUUCUAUGCCAUCCUCAACCCUUCAUUCACUUCAACAUUUGCUUCAAUCUUUGCAUUCCAUCUUUCCUACUGCUGUUUCGACCAGUCCUUUCAUUCUGUCCUGUCUUUGUUCAUUAAUCUGUCACCCAUUCUUCUGUUCCAUCAUUCCAUUCAUUCUUCUUUGCCAUCCCCAAUUCUUAAUUCACUUCAUCAUUCCCUUCCAUCUUUGCAUUCCAUCCUUCCUAUUCUUCCUUACAUAUCUUCAUUCAUUUUAUCAUUCCCUUCCUUCUGUUUUCUCCUUUCAUCCUUCCUUCCUUCUUCCUUCCUAUUUCCAUCCUUAUUUCUACCAUUCCUUGCAACACUUUUCUAACCACCCUCUCAUGCUAUUUUGUGCACAUCAGGUGGUGAUUCAGAUGCAGCGUCCAAAGCUUUGCUGGGGAUCGCUACAGACGGCAACAAGAAAUACUUUCUGAUUUUAGUAAGUUCUACAUUUCUCACAGCUAAUCUCUAAGAUCUUGAAAUUAGGGUAGGGUUGGGAUUUUAUGGAUAAAAUAGAAGAAUAGAAAAAGAUAAGAAAAAGUUAACCCAUUGAGUGGCAGCAAAAUCGUCUGGCAUUAGACAGAGCACUAUAAUAAAGUAGGGUACAUCAAGGUGCAUUGCCACCCAAAGGGUUAAAAUAUAAUCUACCUUUAACAAGCAUGGCUUAAUAUUUCAACACUAUAUUCUGCAUACAACGCUUCUUCUAAACUCUUUGAAGACAUACUUGGAAGAACAGUGGUACUAAAUCACUGUAUCUUUUCAGGAUCCACAUUUCUCUGGAAAUCCUGACAUUGACUCUCUACAACGUAACGGUUGGGUGGCAUGGAAAGACGAAGAACUAUUCCUAACUGAGUCAUUUUACAAUUUUUGCCUUCCUCAGUGUGGGCAAAGCGAUGCUGGGUAGUCCAACUUCGUUCCCAGGCAGCCGUGUUGGAAAUGAAGAUGGGUAGCUCUCGAAUCAACCCAAUCUCGUCCAGUUUUACUCCGUCAUUCGUUGAACAGGCUCUGGGUUAGACAACUUAAGGGAGAGAUCUGAUUGGCUUCUCAGAAAACUGCUAUUUCCCUGGGAACAAGGAUGGAAGCAACCUUAUACCCAGAAUUCAUGCCCAGGCUCUUUCCUCUGCCUCAAGGUUGGAGCGUGGAGGAAAGAACCUGGGUACGAAGUAACUCUUGAAGUUUUUCAAGUUGAUCUUAUUCGGACUUUAAGAUUGACGUUUACGGCAAACUUCAAAUAGCAUUUGCAAGUAAGACAUACAGUUUCGACAGCUAAAAGUAGUUCAUUCAUGCUCCAAUUUUAGUGCACAAGUUGUUCUAACUUCGAACAGCUAACAGUUGACUUCAAAUUACGAUUUGAAAUUUGCGGUUAGCGGUUUGCCGUAAACGUCAUCUUAAAGUCCCUAAUAAAGCUCUUUCAUCAUUAACUGUCGUAUACAACGACAUCUUUAUGAACUAAAAUAAAUGUCUUUAUCAACUUCCUGAAUUAAAGUAGGCAAAUAUUUGACAAUAAAGAGC